GUUGGCAGCUUUUCGAACUGUAUGCCGCUGUAGGUCUUAAUGCUCUUGGAAUUUAUUUUGUUGUCAGUCGCAGUUAUGGUUGCAGACUACUCUUCUCACUAAUUUGACUUACGAACUCAACAUUUGGCUUAAUUUAGUGCUUGAGAUGUGAUGCUUCGUGUUGACUGUUGAGGUGACCACUGGCUUGGAGUUAUAUUUCAGUUUACCUAAUAAAUCCUAUUGGCUUAUUUGCUGAAAUCAUUAAAACUUCUUGUACGAGACAAUUUUCCCAGAUUUGAACUGCCUUCAUAUUUAUUUCAUCAAAGGGACGAGUAUACAUUACAAUGCUUCGCAUGAUUCACAGCUGGUCUGCUAGAAGGCGUCUUAGUGGAUCAAGCUACCCCUUAAAAAGAAAGGAUCCUAAAAUAACCCCAACAAGGACUAAAAAGCACCAGAAAUGUAUAACUCUUCAGAAAUCUAGUCGCACACCAACGGGACUACCAUCAGGUGAGUUUCUAUUGAGGGACUUUUUCCCCAUGAGCCUAGCUGUAUGAUGCUAUAUCUCUUUAUGAUUUAGUGAAUUCUCGGUGAACCUCGCUCACGAGUUGAUUCGAAACUUUCACGUUGAAGUAUUUUGUCGAAGAAUUCGGCUUCAGAUUGUCAGGUGGCAAGUUCAUAAUUCGCCGUACCGGUGAGACUGAUUUGUGGGCGACCUUAAUGACCUUGGAAAUGUCCACCUACUUACUAGGGCUUAUCGUUUUCAUCACGAACUGAAAUCAGCCAAAAUGCAAAAACGCUAUUUAGACAGAUGAAUGAAUAAAUUUCCUGUUUUCAUACAUCUGAUUGGUUGGUCCAUAAUCCGUCGGUUAACAGUCCUGCCCCAUACUUGAGGGACCUGAGUUGUUCAAGUCAAGGUUGUUCGGCAGCCCUUUAUUCCCAAUUGCCGUUGUCCGAAGGAAUGCUGAUAUUCAGUAGCGAUACUUAUGGAUAACCUCGAGAUUCGUUAUCAGUGGGCUCACUGAUAAUAAUUCUAUUUAUUUCACCCUGGAACAUUGGAUUCAGUGUUACGAAUAUCGUUUGUCAGUUGCUGAUGGUAGGAGAGAGUGGCAGUAUUUAUCCCUAUUAAAUGGACGAAAUAUAAACUUGCUCGUGCCAAUCAACCAUAGUAGUCCUCCUGAUUAUGUUCUGAUAACCAAAUAUCCUCUCAUCGAGAGCUUACAUGAAUUAAAAUUUUGUGUUAUUUUUGGUGGUUCAUUCAUUCUGCUUGAUUACACUUAAGAAUUAGAUCAAAUCUUCAACAUGUUAUUAAAGUUACGCUAUUAGGAUUCUUAUAUUUACAGCUUUUCAUCGAAAAAUAUUGACUAUCCUUUUUUCCAAGUUAUGCAAUAAAGUGAAAGUGUUUUUAUUUAUCUUCUCAUUUUAGUCACAAAACCAAGAGCGCGAAAAAUCCACAAAGCGCCUAUUCCUGAAUCUCAAAGUGUGACCAACCACAAUGUAAGUAUUGGUUUUGUACCGGUUAUGUCGUCCAUUCCUUUCUUGUUUACCUAUUUUUUCGUAACGUACAAUCAAUUGCUAGUAACCUAUUUUAUAUGUAGUCUCAACGGCUACUAGAAUUUACUCUUGAAUUCAAACUAAUCAUAAUCCAUAGUUCAAAGUGAUGAGAUUAAUUUGUGGACGACCUUUGAGCGACUCUACACUGACCUUGAAUGUCCACCUAAUAACUAGGACCAAAUGAGUGUCAUAAAUAUGUGUGGAAUUAGAAAUAUGAUUUAUGAUUUAUGAUUAAGAUUAUGAAGUCGAUUUAGGGUUUUCAUCACGAACUAACAUUAGCUGUAAUGCCAAAACUAUUUAUCCAAAUGGAUGAGUGAAUUUCGUGCCAAAAUCCAAGGUCUGUUAUCGUAUACGUGAAUAGUUCAUCCAUAAAUUAUAGUCUCGCCGUUGAAGUCAUGAGAACUUGUAGAUGUAUUCUCAUAAGCCUUAGUUUCACCUUAUGCUUUCUCUUCGUUCACAGCUAAAGCAUCAUCUCCAUAAGUGAACGUAUUUUUGUUAAAUUUCAGUUGCUAGGUAAUAUAGAUAUUCAAAUCCCUUCAGAUUGUUGUCAUCGUAAUUCAGCUCAUAUGAAAAUUCACCAUAAUAACGUCAUAAACCCUCCAAAUUUAUCUUCAUUGUGUACUUCUGAUUCUUGCGAAAAUGCCAACGAAGAGUUAUAUCAUAACUGCCAAAACCAUGAUAAUUCAGAAAAUGAUCAUGUAUUAUCAAAACUACAAAGUACAUCAAAAACAGAAUCAUUGGUGGAAAUUAGUACAAGCUUACCUGUAAAACCAAACCCAAAUGUUACGCUAAUUGAGUGCACUGAACAAUUUACUUUUCCAAAUUUGAUUACCAGUUCUGAUCAACAAGUCGAUCCAUCUGGUGAUAUGAAACCUCACUUAUUCAGUGAGGUUGGAUUUAUUGGCGAAGAUGAAACUAUGCAACCUUCGGACGAGGAAAGUGAGCCAAGCGAUUCCUCGUCUUCCAUCGCUCCUCCGCAAGAACUUUCUACGGAAAUCUCUGCAAUCGAAGAGUGCGACGAUGGGGAUUUUGAGGAAGCUGACGCGUAAGUUCCCACAUUUACAGAUCACUAGUGAACUCAUAAACAGUGCAAAAUACCUAAAGGCUGGUUGUAUUACCUUUUGUUAUGAUGAUGGCAAAAAAUUACUACUAGCAUCUUAUUUUUAUGACCAAAAGUGAUUGGUUUUUAUGUCAGUAACCGUACCAGUGCUUACCUCACGUCUGGUUUCCUUAAUGUAUUAAUGGGGUCGUGUUCUUUACAUUGUGCUUUUUCGCAAAGCUUUUGCUUAAAAAGACGCUGAAAGCAUUAUCACGGCUGAGAAUAGUAACCAAUAAGCAUCGUUCUUUGUUACGUUUCAUGUAAAAGGUAUUAAUCUCCUUGACCGGAAAAACGUCAUUGAUCCCUUGAUAAAUUUAAACCGUAAGAACAAGAUUUCGAGGAGCGUUCCUUGACUAUAUUUUGUUUAAUACUAAUCUCGUUUAUUAAUUUUAGAUUACACAACUCUUCUCUUCCCCAAGAAGCUUUCUCUACAUAUUUUACCCAGAUUAGGAUAGUAACUAAACGGCCCAUGUUAGAUGUGGUACAGUGGUAAAUAAUUUUCAUUUUCCCACACUCCAGAUAAAGCGUAUGAAGAUGAAGGAAGCUGAGUAAUUUUAGAUCUCGACUGUAUUAUCUGCAUAAUUUUUACUUAAUACCCUAACACUUAAGAAAGUUUACUGAAGUCCGUGGUCCAAUGUUUUCUUUGUGGUUCAGUAAGUUAAUCGAGUUUUUAUUUCACUCUUCAUCAUGCAUUUGUCUCCCUCAAAUUCGUUAAGUGUCGGUUGCGUCUUAGUACAUUGCCAAAUGAGUUUUACUAAGAUCCUCGUUUUGAUCAUACGUGUCUUCGAAGUAUUGCUCGUAUAUCCUGGGACUAUCGAGUAAGUAACGCAGUUGUUAGGAAACGGGUACUAGAUAAGGAUGGCAAAUCAAUUGAUGACGUAGUGAAACUUCAUUAGUUGAGAUGGCUGCGACACGUGUUACGUAUGCCCAACGACCGACUGCCUCGACGUGUGAUGUUCAGUGGUAUAGGAGUAGGUUAGAAGAAAGCUAGGGGCGGCCAGACCAAAACAUGGCACAAGUCCAUGAAGUCACUGACAAGUGGACUGAGUCAUGUUGGUAGGUGUAGACUACCUGGUUGGGGAUCGCGAGAUGAUAGCAACCGAUGGUUAGAGACCCUGAAUGACAUGGUUCAAAAUCGUUUGCAAUGGCGCAGGUGCAUAAACUCUUUGUGUUCUCUCAAAUUUUUAUUUCUCCUUAUUCCUCCUUGUCUUUUUUUUCUCUUCCCAAAUUUAUUUCACUGUAUUAUACUCUUUAAAUAAUAUCUCCAAACACUAAUUUUCCCAAUUACUGCUCAUACUCUUAUUACCUCUACCACUACGGGAUUUGAAUCGACCACUGCAUAUGUGUGCUAAUGUGUGGCAACUCGAACUGAUGUACGUACGUACGAAGUUCUACGUUGUUAUUGACUGACUGACCUCGUUUUACUCCCAGUUGUAAGUUCCUAUAAACAUUGAUAUUACAUUCUAUUUUUAUCUGGUUAUUAUCGGUGACUGUAAGAUUUAUCCACUGCUCCAGUUGUUUUAUUGAAGGUUUAUUCUCUAGCAUCUAGGUAGCUGCAUAAGUGCUGGUGGGGGUGUGAGUGAUGAGAUCAAUGCACGUAUAGUGAAAGCCAGAGCAGCUUAUGCCAAUCUGGGCCAUCUUUGGCGCCUUCGUGAUGUUAGUCUGGCUGUAAAAGGUCGGAUCUACAACGCGUCGGUGAGAGCAGUUUUGCUCUAUGCUUGUGAAAUCUGGCCUCCGAGUUGAGGAUGUUAGACGACUCUCUGUGUUCGAUCAUCGUUGUCUCCGAAGGAUUGCUGACAUCCAGUGGCAACACCAUGUUAGUAAUGCAGAGGUUCGGCAUCGUGUGUUCGGGCACAGAGACGAUAAUGCAAUUGGUGUCACCAUCUUGAAACACCGAAUUCGGUGGCUUGGACAUGUUCUACGAAUGUCGUCCCAAAGAAUUCCACGUAGUGCAUUACUUGCCGACGCUGGGACUGGUUGGAAAAAGCAGAGAGGUGGCCAGUGUAUGAUAUGGUGUCGUGGUAUGAAAGAAAGCUACAAAGGGCUGGCUUCUGUUGGUCCUUCAGGACUCUAGCUGGGGUCCGAAAGAUGGCGCUACACAGUGGCUAGAGACGUUAUCAGAUAUGGCUCAGAAUAGAAGCCAGUGGCGAUCCUGCUGUAACCUUCUUUUACUUUCUUCAUAAAAAGUGGUUGUGUCUUCCUUAACUGAAAGAUUUCUUUUGAUUGUACCUUUCCGUUCCCCCAUUUUUACCAUUAUUAUUAUUACACCACCUUACAUCAAUCUCUUCGUUAUUAUUCUCUCUUUUUUCUUUUCCCUCCCCUUAAAUUCUCAUUGUUUUGUGUGGCGCAUAUAUAUUUUGCGCAUUCUUUUACCAAUAUUUAUGUGUUCAAAUAAAUAAAUGAUAAUCACAGUAUCGUAGAAGUUUCAUUCGUUUCGCGUUUUUAUUUCCAGAUAUGCCUUCAUACGCAGCCUCCCACCACUGCCUCCUGAUAUUAUUUGUCGUCCACCGGCGCUGCCGAAAAAAACUCGCUCCUCUCCAGAGUUUUGUUUAGUUCUUGAUUUAGAUGAAACUUUGGUUCAUUGUAGUUUGAACCCUCUUUUGGACGCUCAGUUUAUUUUCCAAGUUGUUUUCCAAGGUGUUGUCUACAUGGUACGUUAUCAAAUUCUAUUUUCCUAAUGUUAUUUAGAUCAGAAUGUAGCAUUAGAUCAUAGGAUUGCCAUCAAAGUUAUAGCAUGUAUCCUGUUCUGGAGGAGGCUUUCUGUUUUGAUUUGAUGGACUUUUCGGUUGUCAAAAUCAAUGAAUAGGAUGUUAAUCGAUAGAUGAACGCUGUGAUGUAGGUUGAGUGAAUGGUGUCUACUUACAAGGUCGUAUUAUUGACUUGAGCAGUCAAAUGAUUAGAAAUCAAAGACAAGACCACUAGUCAAAUGAAUAGUUUUUCCCUGUACUAAAAUAAAAUGGUUAUUUGUAGAAUACAAACAAAGUGAACAUAAUAAAAUAGUCAUAAGAGAUUAGAAGAAAUGGGCUUGUAUGUCACUCAUUAUUCUCCAAGUAAUUGAGUAUAGACUCUUCAGCCGAAUUUCAGAGUAUCAUAUCAUAUAAAUUAGAUUCUGCCUCGCUAUAGUAAUGGCUAUUAAAAAAAACCGUUUAUUUUAUUUACCUUACUUAGUUUACCAUAAAACUGUCUACAUGAAUGCUAAGUUUAUAUAUAAAUUACGUAUUGUAGUGGAUUUUCGCAACUUUUUCACACUAUACAGGUGUACGUCCGAAUUCGACCACACUUAUACGAAUUUCUUACCAAUGUAUCUGAACAUUUCGAAGUUGUGCUUUUUACAGCUAGCACGAAAGUAUACGCUGAUCGUCUUGUAAACUUGAUUGAUCCUAAAAAGAAAUGGAUUAAGCAUAGAUUAUUCCGUGAACACUGUGUCUGUGUAAAUGGUAACUACGUCAAAGACUUACGAGUCCUAGGCCGAGACCUCCGCAAAACUGUGAUUAUUGAUAACUCUCCGCAGGCGUUUGGCUAUCAGUUGGAUAAUGGUGUUCCAAUCGAGAGUUGGUUUGUUGAUUCAAAUGAUUGUGAACUCCUUAAACUUAUUCCGUUUUUAAAAGAAAUAACUAAAGCCGUAAGUAUUUAUGAUCAUUUUCAAUUACAUUCGUUUAUGUUCAGCAGUUAUUUUAAUCUAAGGUUUUCUCAUACUACAUUUUUGUUACUGUAUGUGAUAUUCUGAAACUAGUCUUGAGUGAAUACCAGCUUUUGCUCUAAUUUCUAUAAAUUUGUUCAUGUGAAGCUGUUUUAGUAAUCCUGACACCAAUAAUUUUACACCAUUGGGUUAUCGAUUCUAGUAGCCGAAUUUCAUACUUCAAUCACUAGUUAAUGCUCUACCCGAACACUUAAUAUUCGUAGCACGCUUGAGUAUAUGUGACUGAUAUAAUGCUACGAAAUUCGUCAGAACAGCCUAUCCUUAAUUACUUGGAGAAUAAUGAGUGACCUACAAGCCAAUCUCUUCCAAUCACCUAUGACUUUUAUCAUGUUUACAUUUUGUAAAUAUAUAUGUAUAUAAUAUUGUUGCUAAAUUAAUGGAAUAUAUUGUGUUUGGAAACUGAAUACUUAGCCGACUCAAUCAUGUUAGACUAAGUCGACUUUAAAUAACCUCGUAGUGUGUUGGUUCGUAUGAGUGCCAUCUAACACUCGGAGUAAAUUUAUGAUGAAAUAAUAUGUCUUUGACUAUAUUUCUCAGCUUUAAAUUCGAAUAUGUUCACAUUUUCUUUCAGGAUGAUGUUAGACCAUUAAUAGUUGAUCGAUUCCGGUUACAUGAGAAAGUUCUGGCAGCUCCUCUUACACCACCCGAUGUUCAGAAUUGAUACAUUUCAAUACUUUGUAGGUCUCAGUUAAGCUUGAAACAAGAAAAUUGUUUUUAAGCAGCAGUUAUUUAUUUUCUAUUUUUCACGAAUAAAGCUUCCUUUAAAUCACUUUUGUUUAUUACGGUAAAUCUUCUUUAUAUUUUUAAUUCCAAUAAUCUUUUUAUCUCAUCAUAACUUAUCUUUUAACAUAUUAGACAGAUUAAUAAUCGCAUAGCUAACAUGGACAUAUUCAAUGCACUGCAGCAUUUAUAUGCUGUGUAAAUUUGAUAAUAUUCACAAUGUAAUCUGCAUUCGUCCAUUCACUCAUCCAAUUACGUGAGGAAACAAACGUAUUUGAAUAAUUUUGUUUUAUUACCAUUUCUGACAGUAAAGAUUACUUGUUUUUUAUUAUAAUCAUUAUAAAUAAUCAAUAUAUCUUGCUUAUUUUAGUCGAAAUUAUUUGCAUCAUAGUUACGAUAUUAUUAUUAUUGCCACUAUUUUUAAUUUCUAUAUUCAUCAAGAUUUAUGGCCUGACAUCUAUUGCUGAUUAUUACGCAUUCAUUAUUCGGAAGGAUUAUAUAUUCUUUUAUUUCUUGUCAACAUUUGCAUUUACAUUAUAUUUGUAUUUAUAUAUCACUAAUAAAUAUCCUUAUAAUCAUAUAAUUUACAUGUGUACAAAGAUGUGUGUGUGCUCAUGUAUUUUCACCUUUUCCUUAUCUAUCACUCACUGCUUUUUUUGACGAUAAUCAAUAAAAAUACUGCAUCGUGUGUUUAUUUUGUCAGAACUUAAUUCUAUUGCUGUUCACGGAAAAAGACGUUUUCCAUCCUUAUCUGUCUGCUCUUGAAACUGGUGAACAUUACAUAUUCUCCCUAAAUUUUUAUAAUCAUUCUUAUAGACGAUUAAUACCGCGGUUAAUAAUGUUGUUUUCAGUACUUUGUUUUACUUUCAUUCAGUUGUCAGUUUUCUGUUGUUUUUAAUCGUCGUCGUCAUUAAUUCUUUAGAUAUUUUGUUUUUUUUUGCAUUGCCCAUUGCAUUUUUACAAUUGGAACUUCGUGUUUUAGCGCUCAUAAAAUAGUUUUACUGAUAUUACAACUUUUUUUCAAUUUGGGAUGUCUGCUGUGGUGUACAGAAAAAUUGCAUUUUUGAGAGAAAAUUCCUUUUCUUUCUUUUUAAUUUGUUUCCUGUGUGUGGUUUACCUUGUCGGUCUUUUUGUCAUUGUUGGUGAUUUACUUUUAAGAUUUUAAAUACCUUGUUUUUCUCUCGCCGUUUAUUUACUGCACAGUUUAUACACAUCUUAUUAGUAAUUUCAAUAAAACAUGUAUUUGGUACUUUUAAUUUUUAAGGUUUUUGAUUUGACUUUUUUGAGACUCGUUAAUACUUGCAAACUUGGUUAUUGCGUCUCUUUAAUAAGAUUUUUAUAAGGAUGUAAACACCGCGAAUCCUAUAGCACAUUUGAUUACCCUUAAGUGCGUUUUUUCUACAAAUCUUUACGGUCAAAGAAGCAUGGACUACUGGGAUUCAUGUUCUUUCAGUCCAGCAGGUUUAUAUUUUCAAACUUGAUUGUUUUUUAACUACCUAAAGAAUGUGGAGAUAACAACUUGAAGUAGUCUCUGACGUAGUUGGUGUCAUAUGUUAUUGGAAAUAUAAAUGAACAUCAUGAAAGCAUUUAUCGAGUUUCGAAUAUUACACUGAUCUCACUUAUUAUAGAUGGGAAAUAUCCUAGUGAAUUAUUGGUUACAUGACAUUAAUAGUGUAAAUUUUUAUCACCGAGAAAACCUCAGCAAGACCGGGUAACAAUGCUGGUUAGUUUAGUUACUAACGCAUUCUUCUGUCUUUCAUGCGAUUGUUUUUAAUGAGUAAUGCUAAUUAGAUCUUUAUGGACUGAUAAGUACAUGGGACAGGUAUUUCAUACAAUUUACGACAGCGCGUUACAAAAAUCAUUGACGCACCCCCCUGUGAUAGAUCAUGUGUGUGUGGGAUGGCUUUAAAGACAGUUUGCUUAUCAGGACAAAUCGUGUGCUGGGAAUGGAGCUGGAUAGAGUAUCCAGACGACAAAGAAUCAGUAGGUUUGACUUGAUUAUGGAUUCAGCGUUAUCUCAAAUAAACUCCCCUAUGAUAAGCUCCCGUUGUGUCUAGAAAAUUUAAGAAUCCCUUGAGACAACAUAACAAUGAGCUGAACCCAUUUUUCAACGUCUGAAAAGCUAUUAGAAGAUUAAUACACACUCAGUAUCACACACUCCCUAAAUCUAGACCCGAAAAUAGCUUUUAAGUAGUCGUUACGACAAGCCUCGUUGAACCAUUCACGAGGAUCGACUUAUCUUGUAUUCAAUCGAAAGAAAAUUUGCUUACACUUGCAAGCAAGCAUCUCCGAAGUUUUGCCUCUUUAACAGAUUGUAAGGUGUAUGUUGGCGACACUUAGAGGUCCACUGUAAAUGGUUAUCAGGACUUUUAAUCAUAACUUACGAGUCGUAUUCUACUGCUUGGAUUCUUCCAUGAUAACGUGAACAUUAAGCGAAUACCUUAAGGGGUCUAGAUCUGGAUUCAUGUCUUCCGAAAUGUCUCACAAAGUUUGAACAAUAUGAAGAAUCUAAGUAAACACUAAGGAUCUAUGGUUACCUUAAUAAUUAACAGGAGCUUGAGACACCUAAGGUUGAAAGUUCCUAUUAUUCUAGAUAUUUACUAGUCGUAAGCUAGGUUCUGUUCGAUUGAUCUUUUACUCGAGUAUUUCAUUACUGUCCAGAAGUUUAUUCCUACCACUGAUGUGUGAACUGAAAUUUUCCGAAGACUUCACUUAAGUAUUUACUACUAAAAAUGCUCCCCAAACAUAAUUUUCCUCAGUGUUUUUUUCUUUGAUGAAGUGGUUGUUUUUUUAAUAUUCAACUAAAAUACGAAAUGCAGAGAGCAAACUUUUUGAUCUAGAAAUCCAGAUUUUAUCAGUUUUUCAGAUUAAGAUAUUACUGAGCAUCUUAAUUGAUUAACUAAGGUUUAUUUUUUGUAAAAACCUGACAUCAUUCAUGUAAACCUUUCGAAUUGAAGUAUAUUGAAGUACCAUAUAUAGUCGAGAGGAAUAGUUGAACUACUCUCCUAAGAUUUCAAUAAAAAAUGUUAUGUUAUUGCAAACUUUCAUUGAUAACUACAGGUUUAAGUAAAUUUUCACAUGAAGAUAAGUGGAUCACUCUAUCAUAUCCAACUUUUUUCUACAAUACCAGCCUAUAAAUCAUCUACAUAUGAUGUAGAUUUAGAUUAGAAACAAUCCACAAUAUAUUAUUUUUGCCAUCAAUCUGUAAGUGUUACUUGGAUUUUUUUAUCGAAUGAGCACUUAUUAAAUUAUUUUAAGAACCUAUUACAUCAGUAGCUAUUAUUUCAUUAAAAGUAAUGAUGCUUUGAAGUCACAAUAUCAGUUUUUCU